ACUUUUGAUGAGUACUAUGCCAUCAGAAUUCUUUUGCCUCAACUGGCUUUGUGUCACCAGGGCCCCACUGUGGAGCCAGGCCUGUUGUUAUGGCCUGCUGUUCAUGGUCUCCCACGGGUUCUGGAGAGAGAACGUGGAAUCACUCCAGCACCAGCAGGAGAGCUCAGAAGGAGUCAGUGGUUUGGAUGACAGAAUGUUUCUAUUGUUUGACAUUAAGUGGUAAUUGUGUGGAGUUUCUUGUUUAUACGUUUCAAACUGUGUGCGUUUAUAGUUUUGACCUUUUAGUAUUUCAAGCUUUAGAAUAAAAUGAAAACACUACUCAAAAAUGUGAGUAAAAAUCAUUGCUUGAAUAGUCACUGGCAGUGGUACAACUUCAUUUAAAAUAAGUUAUUUCAAUCAUUACUUGAUAAAAUAUGCUCGUUUUGGAAUGAGUUUUUAGAUUUAGAUUAAGAUGUGUAAUAUUUUAGACUGUUUCUUCAGGUCACUGGUAGUUACAUGCAUCACCACUAGAUGGUGCUGUUAUUCUUUCACAUCAUGCAGCAUCAGCAUCACUAGAUUCAUUUCUGCUUUCUCUGAAGGCGCACCUGCAGGAUCCAAUUUAACGGACGCUUUAGAUUCAGAAGUUUUUGUCUUUAGGGUCUAAACUGUUAAAUAUUACUUCUCCAUUUGAGAACUUUAGAUUGUGCAGAAGUACUAACUUUAGUUCCCCCCAAAUAAAUUAUCCCAAAAGUCUAUUUUAUGCCUGACAUGGCAAAAUUGACAAACUACUCCAAUGUUAUAUAUUAGAAAAUGUGAAACGUAAAAGAUUUUUGUAUGUAAUUUUCUUUUUUUUAAUGAAAAAAAUAGAUCAAGUUCAUCCCAAUGCACACAAAUUGAAGGUCUUGCAGAAAUCUGAAUUAAGCUCAUUAUAAAUAUAUGUAGUGAUCAUGUUAUGAUGCAGGAAAACCAAAAAUUGUGGGUUAUGAAAAUUUAAAACACAAAAUAUUUUUACUUUUUUUAUUUAAUGUUUAUUUUCAGUGAAACCGUGUAGGUCUAUUGAGGGAGGUGAACCUUACUAUUAAGUGUCAGAUGAGGUGAAAAACAUUUUCUUAAAGUCCAUUCUGUCUCUCGUCUUAUAGAGUCAAAGUUAUUCAGUUGUGUUCCGUCAAACAACACAUAUUUUCAGUGAUUUGCAUGAGGAUGACCAAGGAGUUUGAUCUUUUUCAUUUUUAUUUGAAAUGGUUUCCAAUUUUCUGCUUCUACUUGUAAUUCUGAAUUAAAUGUUAAAAGCUGACAGACCUGUAGCUGCUCACCAAAAACUCCAUAUUGUUAGAAAUAUCAUUUCAACCCAACUGCGACUUUAAAUAGAGACUAACUUUUUUCUGGAUUAUUUUCUCAGAAUAAAAAUAAUUUAGGUGAAAAUGAAGCCACUAUAACUCAGAAAGACAGUUAUUGUGCAAGUGCUGUAAGGUGAUCCUGGUUCCUUAUAAUAUUCAUAAUUUCCUCUUUUCCAUGUCAUUUUGGCAUACAAAAGAUUUUACGUAUAAAAUUCUACAUUUUUAGAACAAUUUCUGCUCUAUCUUUACCACUUUUUCUAUUUUAGCCGACUUUAAUUUUUGACGAAUGAAAAUCCUCAGGAAACUUUCAUGUUUUUGUCUUUUUUUUUUUUUGUAUCAUUGAAGAUCCACUCCAAAGAAAAUGCUAUUUUUUGUGUUUUUCACAUCCUGUUGUAGCAUUUUUCUAAUGUUUGCUCCAAAAAAUAACCCUAAAAUAUAUUCCAACAUGAAAAAUAUCUAUUUAAAUAACAAAGGUGUGCCUUUACGCGCACCUAACAAGGAAUCAACACAGCUCCUGUCUUUGGAAGCUCCUGCUCUGCGCCCGGGGGCCCCUGUGGGAGGGGCCGCUGAGUCCAGAGGAGAGAGGAGCUCGUCAGACACGCGGGUUCCGCGCGCCUCUUCUCAUGUGGACCCGGCUUUACAGGCAAUCGAGCGCGUGCCUUAAGCUCCGCGUGUGCAUGCGCCUUGGGGGGGAGGCGCGCUGAGACGUGCGCUCUUGGAGGAAUCCCUGAGCUGGAGGCGCACUAAUGCUCGCGCGCCACCCGGACGCGUGGAGAGUCCGUUUCCACAAACCCAGCAGGAGCUCCUUUCCAUCCGCGCGGUAACACCUGAGAACACCUGGAGGUUCCGCAGGGCUGUAGGGUGGGGGGAGCUGAGCGGAGGCACCAUGAGCCGGGGGAGCCGGCGCUGGAUGUCCCGCUUCUUCCUGUGCCUCGGAUUAAUCUACCUGAAAAUUGGGGGGCUUUGGUCGGUGGUCGCGCUGGGAGCCAGCAUCAUCUGCAACAAAAUCCCCGGUUUGGCCCCCCGUCAGAGGACGAUCUGCCAGAGCCGGCCCGACGCCAUCAUCGUGAUGGGGGAGGGCGUGCAGAUGGGCAUCCGGGAGUGCCAGUUCCAGUUCAGGCACGGGCGCUGGAACUGCUCGGCCCUGGGGGAGAGGACAGUGUUUGGGAGAGAGCUCAAAGUGGGCAGUAAGGAAGCUGCUUUCACCUACGCUGUCAUCGCUGCAGGGAUUGCACACGCAGUCACCGCCGCCUGCACGCGGGGGGGCCUGAGCGGCUGCGACUGCGACCAGGACAAGCAGGGUCUCUACAACCAGGAGGAGGGAUGGAAGUGGGGGGGCUGCUCCGCCGACGUCCGCUACGGCCUGAGCUUCUCCAAGGUGUUCGUGGACGCGCGGGAGGUCAAGCAGAACGCCAGGACUCUGAUGAAUUUACACAACAAUGAGGUGGGACGGAAGGUGCUGGAGAAGGCCAUGCGCUUAGAGUGCAAGUGUCACGGCGUUUCUGGAUCAUGUACCACCAAGACCUGCUGGACCACACUCCCCAAGUUCCGCCAGCUAGGACACAUCCUGAAGGAGAAGUACCAGCAGGCCGUCCACGUGGAGCCAGUGCGGGCCAGACGCAACAAGCGGCCCGCCUUCCUGAAGGUCAGGAAAUCGCACCUGUACCACAAGCCCAAAGACACAGAGCUGGUCUACAUCGAGAAGUCGCCCAGUUACUGCGAAGCCGACUCUGUGAUGGACAGCACGGGAACGCAGGGGCGUCUGUGCAACCGAACGGCUCAGCAGCCCGACAGCUGCGCCUCCAUGUGCUGCGGUCGCGGCUACGACACCCACCAGUACUCCCGCGUGUGGCAGUGCAACUGCAAGUUCCUGUGGUGCUGCUCCGUCAGGUGCAACACCUGCAGCGCCAGGACAGAGGUCUACACCUGCAAGUAGAACCUGGACGAAUACCUGCUCUUAGUGGCGUAACAUGGACCGGAUCUGCUGAGGAACUCUGUGUGCUGUCUGUGGAAUCUGGAGCCUCCAUUUUUCUGAACUUCAUGUGAUCUGGAGGAUUAAAUAUGGAGAGAAUAUAGUAUCAUUCCAUUUUUUCUUGAUUUGUAACUCAUUCAAUACAUUUUGUGCAUAACUUCAUGUACUUGUAAUAGUGUAUUCACAUGCGCAAAACUUAAAAAAUACAACAUACAUUUACACAUGUAAAACAUAAAAUUACAGUAGUUUGAAACUAACUACACGCAGAUCUUCAAAUUACGCACAAAUCGCCUGAUAGACACAAAACCGCAUUUACACACAAAUCUAAUUUGACACUCUUCACGUCUCCAUGAUUCGUGUGUCUAGAUGCUGCUUUGUAUUUUUUAAUAUAUUGUAAUGUUUUUACAUGUGUAAGUACAUAAAUUUGCACACAAAAUGUAUUGUAUCAGUUUCAAAUCAACAAUUACGCACACACAAAUCAAAUGAGUCUAUUUUCUCUCCAUAUUUAAAGGUAAAAUGGCCUCAGAGGAUGUCAUAAAUUGGAACGUACCAUUGUUGUAUGAGUGCAUGUUAAGUGUUCACUACAACCUGUCUCGUGCAGUAUGCUCGUAGAAAAAGGUAUGCUUGAACAUCUUUGCCCUACAGGCUAACCGAGUGGUCUACCAUGUUAAAAUUUCAGGUGUUCCGCCUACGUGCCUCGUAAAAGUUUUUCGCUUAUAUCCCCUGAAAAGGCGGUUGGGUGAGAAAGUGAGAAACCCUGAUGAAUCGUCACUGAAGAUCCAUUCUUCCAAUCUUUGGCCCUCAUGACUCCACUGUCCACUGGAAGCUUGUUUUUUUUGCUUUACCAUGACUGGAUCUAAAUUAUUUAACUUUUUGUUCUUGGUCUUUUUUACUGUUCAUUUUCUCACAAUGAGAAAUGCUGCUUAAGCAUGUUAUUAAAUACGAACAUGACUGGACUUAAAAUCUUCUUUCUAGAAAUGUUUUCUUGAAACCCUCACCAACAGAAUCCACUCGGAUGAUCCGUGAACCUUUCACAAAUACAAAUAUGAUCAUGUUUUUUUCAUUUCCUGGAAACUUUUCUUUAAAAAGAGAAUUUCUAGGAUUUUUCUGCUGACUGACAGAUGCCUUAGGUGCUGCUGUCUGUGUGGAGGAGUUUUUCUUCAAGGAGCUUCCAGUUGGUUAUUCUGUCAACUGCAGAUUCACUGUUUUCUUUUUUUGUUUUUAUAUAGUCCAGUGCAACUACGUCUUUGUUCUGAUCCAGGAUUGCUCAGUUGGCUCAUUUUCAGAGAAUAAUUUAUUCUUUGGAAAACUCCUUAUCAUGUCGGCCUCAUCGAGUUUAAAAGGCUGUAGGGGUAUCUAUAUAAAAAAAUAAAUAAAUAAAAAAAAAAAAUAACGGUUGCACUUCAAAGCAACUUUACGUUGCUUCCUAAACCUGUUUCUUUUUAUAAAAAAAGGUUAAAACACUGGAAUUAAAGAUGAAAUGUUUAAAAACGUACAAUUACAUUGAAUCAAGGAGGAUUUUUGCAUCUACAUUUUGUUUUUAUUAGUUUUUAAAAUAUAUUUGAGCGUUAAAAUGAAUAGCGAGUCUUAUCCAAAUAGUCCGACUCUUCCAAUGAAACAUCCAGGUUUGUUAUGAUAUUGAGGGUUCAAAGGUCAUCGGGUCGGUUCUGAACCACCAUCCAUUUGGUUUGUGACAGAGUGUAAGCAGACUUCCAGGAGUCCACAAAGAUGUAAAGGCCUCCAAUUGUUUGUUAAUAGAAAACAUUUGUAAAAGAGUUCUUAUUUUUAUAGAAAAUGUUUCCUAAUUUAUUUCCUUUUUCUGUGAGAACUUCAAAAUAAAAGCAUUCAAACUUUGCAGUUACUGUCUGAGCUUAUGAAAACUGAAUACAAAAUAAACAUUUUGGUCUGUAAUUAUUCAGAAUGUCUUCUUAAAAGCUAUGUUGUCUGUUGGGGGUUGGGCUCUAUGUGGAUUUCAUCUGUAGAAAUUAAAUUGUUUCUGAUGUCUUUAAAAAAAGUAUUUAAGCAAAUUUCCUCUUUUUUUGCAAACUUGUCUGUUGACAUGGCCCUCUGUGGAGCUUCUGUAUUACAGUUGUGCUUAAUUUAUUGGAAAGGGAACUCUAUGUAACUUUUGAAACAAUCCUGAUGUGCAGAAAUCAUUCACAUUUAUUUUGAAAGUGUUCAAGCAUGUCAAUAACUGAUGAUUUUGUCUUAAAUAGGCAAUAAUUUCAAUGAGUGUCCACCGGGGGUGAAGGAGAAAUGGUUUUGUUGUCUCAGUUUCAGCUUUGUUUGGUGGUCGAUCCUUAAAUUAACUUUAAAAUUGACUUUCAUCACAAAAAAGAAAGAAACAAGCAUUCAUGCAGCUCCUUCAAAUUAAAGUUCUAAUUUAAACUGUAAGUUGUCUUUGAAAAAUGUGGAGAAAAAUGUUUAGUUUUUUUUUUAGUUCUGCACAAACAGAUGAAGCUCUGACUGUUGAUUAUUGUUUUCUUUUCUGCGUAAUAAAUGAAUUUUGGAUUCAA